AUGGAUGCUCUGGAUGGUUCCUUGCGGGAAAAUAUUGACGACGAGUGCGAAAUUUCUUUUUGGAUUGAGGCAGUCGUUUGUUUGCACGGCGGCAGAAUGGAUGAGACGGCGGGCGUAAAGGGCGGUACAAUUGGGCAACCGUGGAUCGCUGCUGGAAAGGGUCAAUCCGCGACCAACUGGUCAUCCAGAAGGGAUAUGUAG